AUGGAUAUUGGCGUUCAUAAGCUGGGAAAUAUGCAUAAUUCUUGGACCGAUUACACCUCCCUUCGCACCAUUGGAGUCUCACUUAGAGCGGCGCCUCCACCUAAGGUCGUGAACAUGCAUUGGUGGCCUCUUGUCGCUCCUUGGAUUAAAGUUAACACUGAUGGGUCUGCUUUGGGGGCUCCGAGCAAUAUUGCACCCGGCGACAUCUUUAGGGACAGUUGGGCUUGGGUUCGUGGGUGUUUUCACUUUACUGGUGGGGUAGGUUUUUCUUUUGAAGCCGAACUCCUUGCCAUCAUUCUUGUUGUUCAAAUUGCUUACUCUAGAGGGCGGUUACACUUGUGGAUUGAGUCUGACUUUUUCUAUAUUGUGCAUCUUUUGCAAUCUCGUUCCACCUCGGUCCCUUGGCGGUUUGCGGCAUCGUGGCGUAAGGUUUUGGAGCUCUUAAAGGACUUUCGCCUGCAAGUCACGCAUAUUUUUCGAGAAGAAAAUCAUGUUGUUGAUAUCAUGGCUCACCAGAACACGCCUGAAGGAUGGUAG